AUCAGAGGUAGAUGGUACUCCCAUUGAGACAGCCACUUUUUCUUUACCAAAAAGAAAAGAAACAGCCAGGUUAUUUUUUUGGGGCUGAGUCUGAGAUGGUUCACCAGACCCAUAUUGUCCUCUGUAUUGUCAUAUUAAUUUCAUUUGGACUGAUGAUUCCAUCCAUAGCCGACGGAGGAGAUGCACAAACUCUUCCACAUGAACUACCAAAAGGGCAGCACAUCCCAGGAGGAUCAAGUAUGAAAGGGGAUCAUAUGUUCCGAAGCGUUAAAGGAAGGAAGGUCGGAAGUCCACCUCAUGGCCGCAACCCACCAGCCUAUAUCCCGGGGCCGCCAGGAUUGUGAUCUUCUAUAUUAUGCGGUUGUCAACGGAUAUGAAAAUUUAUCUCAAUAAAUGUAAUGACUUUUUCAUAAUUUAAAAUAACAAUAAAUUUGUAAUUUUAUUUUAUAGUUAUUGAAUAUGGGGUAGUGUUUGGGUGUGUAAUCCCCUUAAGGGUUGCACACUAUAUGCAACCUUUUUAGGAGUUUCUUUACGGAAAACUUAUAUUAAUUUACGUGUUUUUGUUAGAUUAUUUAUACGAGUUUGUGAAAAUUUACAUAAUUUUAUAUUUUUUUAAA